GUUGUGAACAUGUCUGCUGAAGUUGAGUAAUAAAUUACGGCCUAGUUUGGUCGAAAUAAUACCACAUUAUGUAGUCUGUGUGUGGUAGAGAACAUGGUGGCAGCGGUGGAAAGGAAGAGGGAAGGCGACAUCUUGUGGCAAAGGGAGUCGCCACUGUUUGAAUAUUACCCUGUCGUCAUAGUGACAUUUAGCUUGGAGCGAGAGAAGAGGUCCGGAGGGCCAUCCGUCUGUGUGCGUUAAUGGCGGAUGGGGAAGCCGUAGAGUCGGAGCCAGCUGUGAUGGAGCUCUAAAGCCGAAAAAGGACGCAAUUUCUUGGCUACAUUUGCAUGUUGUCACAUCUCUUCUGAAUAUGGAUCCAGAGAAGACGUUGACGUUCUGUCUUGGGCUCAAGGCUGAGGAGAUGACAAUGUCCCUGAAGGGCUUGGAUGGUACCGAGGCUUCCACGGUAGCUGUUCCCCAAAAGGAAGCUGACCUACCCACGGUUUACAAGGUGGUGAAGCACCAUGGGAGCUCUGGUAGCCAGCCUGUAGUCAACCCCAAAUACUGUCCUGGUGUAAACAGCAAUGCAGGUUAUCUCUGUGUAACCGGACACUGCUGCGGAGAGACGGGCUGCUGUACCUACUAUUAUGAACUCUGGUGGUUCUGGCUGCUGUGGACCGUGUUGAUCCUUUUCAGCUGUUUCUGUGCUUACCGCCAUCGCCGGGCCAAGCUGAGGAUCCAGCAGCAGCAGAGACAGAGAGAAAUCAAUCUUAUUGCGUAUAACGGCGCCUGCAACUACCCGUCCUCCAUGCUGGAUCUCAGCUUCCUGGCCUCCUUCAAGUUGCCGUCCUAUGAGGAGGUGGCGGCACAGCCCACCACGCCUCCACCACCUUACAGCUCGGUCUUCGCCCUGCAGGGAGGCGCCAUGCUGGGUCCAAGCUCCUCGUACCCGCAUCAUCACCACCCCUACCCGCUCCAAAGUCACCCCUGCCCCCCGUACCUGGGCCCCGGCCCCAGCAGCUUCACCUCCUCCCAGAGCUCCGACAACUACACCAGCUGCUCCUGCGAGUCCUGCUCCUGCAGCACCUCCUUCUCUGUGCAGGUGACGGACGAGACGUAUGACAGCAGCCGCAUGUCCACGCCGAGCGACACAGGCGGGGACGGCGCCCUCCCGCCCAGGGUGGGAGCCACCCGCGUGUCGCCGCCUCCGUCGCAGGCUCCCCCGGAUGUUAUACCAGCAGUCACCCCAGAUGUCAUUCCCAGUCAUGCUUCCAACGGCAAUGAGGGGCUGUCACGCCCAGCUGCGCCGCUCUCACUUCCUCUACGCCCCCUAAAUAACCUUCACCCACGCCACCCACUUUCACCCCUAAUUCUGCUUUCUUCCCUUCCCGCCGGUCAAGUCCAAAAUGGCGUCUUCUCAGACCCCCUCGGCGCCACGCUCACGGCGAAAGAAAAAGAGCCAGAAGGCCUGGCCCCCUGUUCCGCCCUUCCCCCGGAUCUGUCGUCCACGGCGUGCCCUGUGGAGCAAAACCUCGCGGAUGAGGACGAAGAGGACGAGGAGGAGGAUCACUUCAGCCACCGACGCCUCACGGGGGACUCCGGCAUUGAGGUGUGCCGCUGCCACGUGAAGCGGGGAGACCGAGAGGAGGAGGCGAUUAAGGAGAGGCGAGAGAGCAUGGACAGCUCCCUUCGAGCCAAGGGGGCGGGUCUUUCGCCCACGCUUGACAACUGUGCCCAGCUGCACGACCGCGCCCCCUCCCCUAUGGCGUCCUCGUAGUCGCACGGGCCAAGAAAAGUAAUCGAUCCGGAAGAAAGCGAGGUGUUUAUUGUCAGCGUCAUCCUCAUGCAUCAAGGCUAGUAGGUGAAAAGUCACUGAAGUUUAAGUCUUGGGGGGGAUUUUGGGACGCCAGUUGAAGGCCACCUUUGAUCUCCUCUCGUUGUCACCAUCGCUCAAAGGUGAAAGUUGGGGAGAAUGUCAAACCUGAUGGUCAUGACUUCAACCUCGCCAAGGAAGAUAGGUAUCGGUGGUUUGCAGGAUUACACAAAAAAAAAUGGUGAGCACCAUUCGAUUAUGGUGAUAGAGGUGGUGAGAAUGUAGAAAAAUAGGUGCAUUUAGAGAAUUGAUCUCCCGUCGUGACCAUUUUGAGUUGUCUCUCUCCUAAAAUCCAAAUUGUACAGCCCCCUGCGCCCUGUUGAGUUCAGGACCAGUAUCAGUACUGUAAACACUCGUGCAGCCAGGCCACCUUUAGCGGGAGAUUCUCUCUGAAUGUUCUGAGCUCCUGUGUUGAUGCAGCCUGCUGACGUCAUGUGCUUCUGUAGACUGCAGACUAAUUAGUGUCGCUUUGUGAUUGUUGAAUGAUCAUGGAAUUCUUAGUGAUUUGUUUACUGUGCUGACAUCAUUGGGUCUUUUUCAAACUUGCAGCUCGCUGUAAAAAAAGAAAAUCUGUAGAUUUUACGAUAAAAAGUGUGGCUGCUCAGUCGGCAAAAUGUUACCGUUUUACACCAAAUUACUGUAAAUUGAAAAACGAUACAACUGUUUUAAAUUUAAAAAAUUCUGGCGACUGAGCUGCGAGGUUUUUGUUUUUUUACCAUAAACGCUACGGACGUUUUUACAGUGUACCAUCAAUGGAAAAACUAUACCGCUGUUAUUUUAGCAGUACAAUUCUGGCGAUUGAGCUCAGUUUACUGUAAAAUCUUGGAUUUUUUUUUGAUAUUGCAUGAUUCCCUAAAUUAAAAUAAAACUGGACCACUGUUAUUUUUGCUGUUUAUUUUUACUGAGUUACUAGUUUUUGACCGUAAAAGAUACGUCCGUUUUUACAUCGAAUUACUGUAAAUGUUAUUUUUACAGUAAAAUUCUGAGCUGCCUGUUUUUUUUCUGUAAAAUCUAUGGUUGUUUUCUGUUUUUACAGUGUAAAAUCUAUAGUUGUUUUUUUUUGUUUUGUUACAGUGCAUAAUUCCCUAAAAACGAAAGAUACCACUUUAUUUUAAAAGUAAAAUUAUUGCACCUGAGUUGCCAGUUUUUUGUUUUUUUUACUGUAAAAGUUCCGCCUGUAAUUACAGUGACCGUAAAAUCUAGGGUCCAUUUUAUUUUAUAUUGCAUGAUUCCUGAAAUUAAAAUAAAAUAACUAUCACUGUUAUUUUACGGUAAAAUUUUGCCGUCUAAACUGCUACACUUUUACCGUAAAAUCUACAGCCAUAUUUCCAGUGCAUUACUGUAAAUGGAAAAACAUUACUACUGUUAUUUUUACCGUAAAAUUAUGGCAACUGAGCUGGCAGUUUUUUAAAGUAAAAUCUGUUUUUUUUUGCAGUGCAUAAUUUAUUAAAAAAACAACAAUCGCCCUUUAUUUUUAUUCUGGCGUCUGAGCUUCCAGUUUUUUACCAUAAAAUCUACAGUCGUUGUUUUUGCAGUGCAUUACUGUAAAUGGAAAAACUACCACUUUUAACGGUAAAACUCUGGCAUUAAUAGCUGCCAUUUUUUUACGUAAAAUCUACAGCUGUUAUUACAGUACAAUUCAUUUUACGGUUAAAGUCUGGUGGCUGAGCUAGCAUUUUUUCCGUAGACUAUGGUUAUUUUUUUUAACAGUGCAUAAUUAUUUAAAAAAAAAAGACAAUUAUACCAUUUUUAUUAUAACAGAAAAAUUCUGGCGACAGAGUUUGCUAUUUUUUUGCCGUGAAAUCUGGUCAUUUUUACAGCGCAUUACUGUAAAUAGAAAAACAGUACUGCUGUUAUUUUUACAGGAAAAAUAUCGCAACUGAGCUGGCAAUUUCUUGCCGAAAAAUCUAUGGUUGUUGGGUUUUUCUUACAAUGCAUACUUAAUUUAAAAAAUCUAAACAAUAGCCUUUUAUUUUAGUAGUAAAAUUCUGUCAUCUAAACUGCCUGUUUUUUUGUUGUUUUUUACCGUAAAAUCUAAAGUAGGGUCUGGUUUUAUCAUUUUUUAACAUUGAAGCGUUCUGGGUUAACCAUCUAAAAUGCCCCUUUAUCAUUUUUUAACAUCCUUUCCUCAAAUUAAAAAAAAACAAUUCUACCGCUGUUAUUUUUACGGUAAAAUCUGUCAAACUAAGCUGGGGUUUUUUACUGUAAAAUCUAUGGUCGAUUUUACAGUGCAUUACCAUAAAUGGAGAAACGGUACAACUUUAACUGUAAAAUUCUGGCAACAUAGCUGACUUUUUUUUUUACCGUAAAAUGUACAGUCAUUUUUACAGCUAAUUAUUGUAAAUGAAAACAAUAUAUGACUGGUAUUAUUACGGUAAAAUUAUGGCAACUGAACUGGCAAUUUCUUUCCGUAAAAUCUAUGGUUGUUUUUUUUUACAGUGCAUAAAUCCUUAAACAAAACAAUACCCCUUUAUUUUAACAGUAAAAUUCUGGCAUCUGACCUGACAGUUAUUUUAACGUAAAAUCUACAGUCGUUGUUUUUACAGUUUAUUACUGUAAAUGGAAAAACUACUAUUUUUAUUUAAACGGUAUGAGCUUGCAGUUUUUGCCAUAAAAUCUAUUGCUGUUUUUUUUUUUUUUUUUUUUACAGUGCAUUCCUUUGGAAAAAAAAAAAAAAUGAUACCACUUUCAUUCUAACUGUAAAAUUCUGGCGACUGAGCUGGCAAGUUUUUUAGCGUAAAAUCUACGGCCGUUGUUUUUACAGUGUUAUUGCAAAUGUUAAAACAUUACUUCUGUUAUUUUCACAGCAAAUUUCUGAUGACUGAGGUGGCAGUUUUUUUCUGUAAAAUCUUUUUUUACACUGCGUAAUUCCUUUGUGUUAGAAUGCUGUUAAGGGAGUAAAAACGUACAUGUAAUAUGUACAUUGUAACUUUGCUAAAAAAAAAAAAAAAAAUACCUCCGAUUCUGAUUUGUUGUAUUUGUAUAUGUCAAACUUGUGCAAAGCUUCGUGUUGUGUUAACACAAUUCCGACUGUUAGGCGGUUAAGACUGUACAAUGAACAUACUGUAUACUCCCGUUGUUCAAGGCUGUUACUGUUACAGGCGACGUUGAGCUGUUUCCUCACAAUGAUAAUGAAUGUAAAAGCUUUGCAACUCGUCUGGAGUGCUGACGGCCAUUUUUAUAGCGCGAUGGCGGAAAGAAACCCAUAGGAGAAUGUAAAGUAGCAAGGCAAUACGAGCUCUGACGAGACAUUUAUCAGAUGUUUUUCAGUGUUUAAUGUGCAAAUAUAGUCACGGUUGAAAUUGAGCUUUAUUUAUUAUAUCUUAACUGUGGCUCUCAGUUUCAGACUAGACUGUUUUCGGGAGGUUCUUUUGUACCAUGUAGAGUGCCUCCCCAGGAUUUAGGGAGGAUACUCGGUCCUGGUCUCUCCAUUUUAUGGACUUAGCACACAUGUCCAAAAUUUAAAUUGUGCACUCUUGUGCUAUUGCAGUUACUAUGAGAGAAACCCUCUUCAGUUUAACCUCUGAAAAGUGAUGUUUUUGACUCCUGUUUGGAUCAUUGGCAGGAUACUUAUGAAAACAGACUAAUUAUGAGUGACUGUUAUAUUUGUGGUUGCAAAAAAAAAAGGCCUGUUUUGAUGGCUGUUUUGACACCCUGCGACUUGAAGGUGUGUCCCAGAAGGUUUAGGUCCAGAAGUAUAUGAAUUGUGACAACAGCAUAUUGAUGAUUUUACCGUUUCUACACCACACAUUGGAUCAAUUCUACAAUGGCAUGAUUUUAGUGUAGACGUUGAGCUUUAAUAUGUCCAAAAAAAGCAUUAUCUACGACGGAUGUCAAAAAUAUAUUUUUGACUGAACCGUGAUUCUUGUUUGUAACGAUUCUGAAUCGAGUAAAAAAAGUCAAAAACAUUUUUUUAAACUGUUCUGUCCAGCUACUAAGCAAAUCAUAUUGUUGAGGUCGUUACUUAUUGUUUUAAAAUAGAAAAGUGUGAUACUUCUCUUGUUGCCUUAUUCGUCCAUCCAUCCAUUUACAAAUACUGUACUGUAAUACAUAUAUAAGAUUUAUUCAACACUUAAUUAAGGCCAAAAAUAUGGAGAAUAUGUUUGGAAAAAAACCAAAACGAUGUCGUGAAGCUGCAAUAUUUGAGACGCGAUGUGGCAAGGGACCAAUGCAUGAGCAUUUAACUCUAGGGUUGUGACUCUUUGGGCACCUCACGAUAUGAUUCGAUUCAUUUCUUGGAUGGUAACGAUUCAAUUCAGAUUUGAUUCUCGAUUUGACUCAAUUAUUGAUUCAAAAUAAAUACUUUUUUAUUAACAUUGGCUACCUGUUCUACAAUUAACUACAUUCCUCCAUAAAAUAGAUAAACAGCUCUGAUCAAUUUCUUAAAGCAAAAUUGGUUUUGUUUAUUAAUAAAGUACUACCCAAACAAAUACAAAUAAGACAACGAGAUAAGUAUCCAACACUUCUUUUCUAAAAAAAAAUCUACAUCAGAUAUGGGCAACCAUCAACAUUAUGGUUCGCCUGAGUGGCUGGACAGGACAGAUUAACAUUUUUUUUUUUUUUUUUUUUUAAAUGUCUGAUUUUUAAAAAUAAAUUAAGAAUCGUUACAAAUAAGAAUCGCGAUUAAUCUGAAAAAUAUAUUUUUUUGACACUCCUAUUUAACGCCCCUACUAGAUUCAUUCUUUUUGCAUACUUUUCCCAUCCUUGGAUCUUUUAUCGAAAGAAUGUGGCAUUUCUUGAACAUGCGAAGCUCAAUCCUUUUCCUACAUGUCAAUCACGUUGAUUGAUUUAUCCCAAAGUUAUUGUGGGUGUCGUAUAAAGAAAAGGCAAAAUCACGAAAGACUGGUUAAAUCAGGGGUGUCAAACUCAUUUGAGAUCGAUGGCCACAUGGAGAAAAAUCUACUCGCAAGUGGGCCGGACUGGUAAAAUCACGGCACGAUAACUUAAAAAUAAGGACAACUUUAGAUUGUUUUCUUUGUUUAAAAAUAGAUAAAGCACAUUCUGAAAAUGUACAAAUCAUAAUGUUGUUGGGGUUUUUUUUACACUUAAAUGUUGCGUUUAAUAGUAUUCUAUCUUUAUUUGUCAUUUAUAGUUUGUGAAUAAAUUAUGUGAUAAUGUUCAUCAGGCAACUCAUUGGUGUUAAUUUUCAAUCUAUCAAGAUAAAAUUAUAUCAAAAUCUAAUUACAGUAUAUUGUUUAUGUAGUUUGAUAAUUUUCCUCGACUGAUGUACUAACAUCAUGUGGUUUAUUUUGUACAUAUGUAGCAUCAUUUACAAAGAAUUGCUAUUGUGACAUCCGGUGGACACAUUUAGAACAGCUGUUUCUUUCAUUCAAAAAUUUCAGGUUCAUUUUUAUACCAGCAAACUCAUCCCGCGGG